GCAUCAAUAAUCUAGAAAUCAUAUUUUAUGUUUCAGGAAACAUGCCACCCCACACAAUGGAAGCUAUUCAGUUUGACAGAAAGAAAGAACAGAUUUUGCUCAUUAAAGCACCUUACCCCAUCAAACCUAUCAAGAAUGAGGUAAUUGUGGAGGUUGCUUAUGCUGGAAUUUGUGGAACUGAUCUUCAUAUAGCUGAGGGAGCAUUCCCUUGUCGUGAUGAUCCUGUCAUUUUGGGACAUGAGUUCAGUGGAGUAGUAUCUGCUGUUGGGCCAGAGGUCACUCAUCUGAAACCUGGUGACCAUGUUGCUGUGGAUCCAAACAGCGGCUGCCACUAUUGUGAGCUGUGUCACGGGGGUAACUACCACCUCUGCAAGGUGGGAGGAAUCAACAACACGGUUGGAAUAUGGAAGGAUGGUGGCUGGGCUCAGUACUGCAAGGUGGCUGCCGAGCAGGUGCACAAGGUUCCUCAUCAUAUCACACUGGAGCAAGCUGUCCUUGCAGAGCCCUUGUCAUGUAUAUCGCAUGGGUGGGAUCGGAUUGCUCCCAUUCCUGUGGGCUCCAGAAUCCUAAUCCUUGGAGCAGGAAUCAUUGGCAACCUGUGGGCCAGUGUUCUGCACCUUCAAGGACAUCGCAGAGUGAUCGUCAGUGAGCCGCAAGAGGCACGCAGAAAACUCAUGAUGAACUUAGAGACCAACUUUGACAUCAUCACACCUGAUGAACUAAAGGCUCACCGAGCCAAGGACCCAAGCUGGGGUGUGGACCUGGUGAUCGACUGUAGUGGCUACGCCCCCGCUAUGGAAGAGGCCCUGCUACUCAUCAGCCCUGGAGGAAAAAUGUGUAUUUUUGGCGUUACAUCACCACAAGCCAGAAUAAGCAUUUCCCCAUUCCAGAUGUACAUGGAUGAGCUGACUAUCAUCGCAGUCAACAUCAACCCCUUCAGUUUCCCCAAGGCAAUGGGCUGGAUUGAUGCCAUGGGCUCCAGGUAUCUGGACUAUGGGCAUCUUGGCAUCAAGACAUAUACUCUUAGCCAGUACAAAGAGGCUCUGGAAGCCCUGAAGAAGGGAUCCAUUGCUAAAGCAAUAUUUAAAAUUAAGUGAGAGAACUUGAAGUGCUCAGAGUUGCAACCAAACACACAUGCCUUUGGCAGAAAAUCUGGACAUGUAGAAAUGUCUGCAUUGUGACACUGUGAAUCUGUCCACUGAUUCUGAAAAUACAUAACCAACAGACCCUCUCUGCAAUUAGAGUAAUAAUAUCCACAGAAAAAUUUUCAGAUUUUCACAGUGGUGAGUGUUCAAUGUGGUCUUUGGAGCUGAGACACCACAUAGUCUUGCAGAUGCAUACCAAUGUUUAGAGGAACAUCCUGCCUCAUUAUUCAGGGUCAAAGUUUGUAGAGAAUACAAUCAUGUAUAUACAGGCAGGCUGCGAGGAAGGUACUCAGACCCAUGGUAGGGGGAGAGGAGAUAAGAGUGCAGUGAAGGUCAAUAGGAACGGUGAAGAGGAACUGUAAGAGCAAAUUAAUGGCCCUUCACAGGGUCCAGAACAAUUCCAUUGCAUGAAGGAUAUGGAACUGUCUGAAGAUGCAGGCAGCAUGUUCCUGUGAAAUGUUAAGAGUCAGCCUACAAUAAUAACACAUGAAGUAUGAAUCUACAAGACUGUAUUCCACAAAUAUACUCACGCUGUACACUUCUAAGAGAA